AAAACUAGGCCUAACUGUCGUCUCAGAGUUGUUGCUCUGUAGCUAAUAGGUCUAGCCUAGUUUGAAAGUAAUUUUAGGCACUUUUGUCGAUUAAAUCAAUGCUUUGGUGAUAGUCCACAUUUUAUACAGUUUUAUUGAGGGGAUAAAUAGAAAUAUGGGUGCGCAGCAGAGUCAACCACUCUACAACCUUCCCCCACUUGCUUCAGAAGAUGUUCCAUAUACAUCAUAUUCUGUUGAAAGGCAAAAGUCACAGAGAGAUUCCAGGGAGUUUCAUCAAAGAAAUCAACAGGUGACUGUUAAGUCACAAGAUGUGACUUCUAAGAAAGCUAAUGAUAUAGUUGUAGUUGCAGAGGGAUCCUCUCCCAAAUUAGAUUCUGGUUUAAAUGUUGAACUGCAAAAGAUGCAUGAUAUACCAACUUUCCUGCCAAUUAUGAGAGGAACCCUAAAUGUCCCGAGUAUGGAAGAUCCAAAUGUGUUGGAUAAACUAGAUUCAAGUAAACUUUAUGCUCUUUCGGUACGAUAUCAAGAACAUCUCAAAUCAUGUUCAGAAGCUGUGACCUUUGACCAGAAUUCUCUGACACAACGAGUGAAAGAGAUUGAUUCAGAAAUCAGUGCAAUAACAAAUACAUUAUCUGAACGGCAAAAGAAAUUUGCAAAAUAUGCAGAACAUAUUCAGAAGAUAAAUGAAAUGUCAUCAACAGUGAAACGUAUCCAGAUGGCUGUUGAUCAGCUUAUACCAACAAUGAACAUGCUUAACUCAAUGUUGCCAGAAACAGAAAGAUUAGAACAAUUCAAAAUGAAGAACGAGGGAACAGGACGAAGGUAGCAGUAAGAAUCAUUUGGCUAUUGUGUGAAAACUUACUGGAUAAACUGACUAAUUGCGACUCUACCUUUAAGAACACCACCAUGACAAAAAUAGAACUGUUCGUCCAUCUCAGCAAACCACAGUUCCUACCCAUAGAACAUUCUCAUUCCUUUGUCGACGUUCUUUGGGCAUGCUGAGGGGAUGGGGGUGUUCUAAAAUGAACUGGGAUUAUUAGUAGGUUUAUCCAGUUAAGAAUCUCACUCAAAGACUUCCAAACUAUGUCACUUCUGGUAUGUGUAAAGUAUAUAAGUUGAUUCUCAAGGAAAGCUGAGUAAGGUUGUUUCUCUUCAAAGAUAACAUAUGUAUACUGUAUUUAAUGACAAGUCAGUGAAAGCAAUAUUAGAAAUAUAAAAUGAAAUACUGUAUAAAUUAAUUGACUUGCUGUAUUUCGAAAACAUAUUAAACAAAUAUUGAAAAUAUGUAUGAAUAAAUAUUAUUUGAGUUUUUUAAA